AUAGGCUCAGACAAGGAAAAGGCACGCAUGGUGCAAAGCUUCACCCUAGGCAUGAGAAGCUUUGUAUAGCCACGAACAUGCUAGGUCUUGGGCUCAACGCUGCAGGCGUCUGGGUGGUGAUCCACGUUGCUAUGUGUCCCCUGCUGCUCCAAUAUGUGCAAGAGAGCGGCCGGGCGGGACGAACAGGGCUCAACAGCGAGUCCAUUGUUAUGAGAGCGUGCUAUGUAACGAAAGAGGGGAGGGUAGAGAAGGCGCUUGGCUACAAGCUAGAGCGACCUGCAAAGGAGUUCAUGACAGUCAAAUCCUGUCAGCGAAUCGCAAUAGACAAGCACAUGGACGGCAGACAGAAUAGGCAGCAAUGCGAGAUGGGAGAGUUGAAGUGUGAUCUAUGCGAGCGACACCCCAGUG